GAGUCCCUGCCUUGCCCGAAGCCCGCCAGGGGGCGCCGCGCUGAGGGGCUGAGGGGCUGCGGGGCGGGGGCGCUGACGGCUCUGACCCCGGGGCUGCUCCGGGCCGGGCGAGAGGACCGCCUGGGCGGGGACCCCAAGGCCUCAGCCCCGGACAGAGGCAGGGGUUCUUGGGGGGUGCAGGGGGCGCGUCGCCCUCUGCCCCCGCCGGCACCCUGGCCAUGACAGGCAAGUCGGUGAAGGACGUGGAUCGGUACCAGGCGGUCCUGGCCAACCUGCUGCUGGAGGAAGAUAACAAGUUCUGUGCUGACUGCCAGUCCAAAGGGCCGAGAUGGGCCUCCUGGAACAUCGGGGUGUUCAUCUGCAUUCGGUGUGCUGGGAUCCACAGGAAUUUGGGGGUGCAUAUAUCCAGGGUAAAAUCAGUGAACCUCGACCAGUGGACUCAAGAACAGAUUCAGUGCAUGCAAGAGAUGGGGAAUGGAAAAGCAAACCGACUCUAUGAAGCCUACCUUCCCGAGACCUUUCGGCGACCUCAGAUAGACCCGUAUCUUUUUGGAGUGAUAGCUGAGUGCAGUUUUGAUGUUUGGGAAGAGCCAGGAGACCUUCAAGGCCUGAGAUAAGACUGUGCCAUCUCUGUAUGAAUUAGCCCAAGACUUUGGUUUUUCUCUCUACUGCAACCAAAACAAAAACGUGCUUAUGUGCUGACAUUGGGACUAGCACCUAGCAUCAAGUAGGAAAAGCUAGGGAAUUAGGGCUGCAGUGACUUUACUGUGAGUCCUUCCAAAGAGUGACAGCUCCAAUAGUUUGAAUCUCUGACACUAUUGUUUGACAAGAAGAAUGGCUUACUGUGCUCUAUUGAACCCUGGCAAUUGGCAAAAGUGGCACUGCUUUGUAAAUAUCUUGUAUAAAAGUAUUGACUUUGACUGGUUUAUCAAUAUUGCUCUUCCUCCAUUCCCUCAGCCCGGGCUGACAGACACAGAGCAAGCCCAUUUGAAGAAAGAGAAGGAUGAUAAGUGGAAACGAGGGAAUGAACCCGCUCCGGAGAAAAAGAUGGAACCUGUUGUUUUUGAGAAAGUAAAAAUGCCACAGAAAAAAGAAGACGCACAGCUACCUCGGAAAAGCUCUCCGAAAUCUGCAGCCCCUGUCAUGGACUUGUUGGGCCUUGAUGCUCCUGUGGCCUGCUCAAUUGCAAACAGUAAGACCAGCAAUGCCCUAGAAAAGGAUCUAGAUCUUUUGGCCUCUGUUCCGUCCCCUUCUUCAGUUUCCAGAAAGGCUGUAGGUUCCAUGCCAACUGCAGGGAGUGCUGGUUCUGUCCCUGAAAACCUGAACCUAUUUCCAGAGCCAGGGAGCAAAUCAGAAGAAACAGGCAAGAAACAGCUCUCCAAGGACUCCAUCCUAUCACUGUAUGGAUCCCAGACGCCUCAAAUGCCUGCCCAAGCAAUGUUCAUGGCUCCUGCUCAGAUGGCAUACCCCACAGCUUACCCCAGUUUCCCCGGGGUUACACCACCUAACAGCAUCAUGGGGGGCAUGGUGCCUCCGCCAGUAGGCAUGGUAGCUCAACCGGGAGCCUCUGGAAUGCUAACCCCUAUGGCCAUGCCUGCAGGCUAUAUGGGGGGCAUGCAGGCGUCCAUGAUGGGUGUGCCGAACGGGAUGAUGACCACUCAGCAGGCCGGCUACAUGGCAAGCAUGGCAGCUAUGCCGCAGACUGUGUAUGGAGUUCAGCCAGCUCAGCAACUGCAAUGGAACCUUACUCAGAUGACCCAGCAAAUGGCUGGGAUGAACUUCUACGGAGCCAACGGCAUGAUGAACUAUGGACAGUCAAUGGGCGGUGGAAAUGGCCAGGCAGCCAAUCAGACUCUCAGUCCUCAGAUGUGGAAAUAAAAGCAAAGCACCUGUAUGGCUGCCACUCUUUUUGACCCUUGCUUUCCUCCCUCCUCUUUUUCCCCCAGCCUUCCCCUUUCCUUUUUCCUACCUCUCUCUGUUCGGUUUAGAAACUGAUCAUAAGUCAUAUGUUGUUUGGCAUUCUGCCUAACCCAGUCUCCCUUCCCAGAGUCAUGGACCUCUCUGUUGCUUUAUGUUGGUCAUGUCCCUGACUGUCCAGAUUUCCUCCCACCCCACCCCACCCUCUCCCAGCACCAGCACCUUAGAAACUAUUGGCAGAAGAGGGCACAUGAGCUGCGGGAGAGUGUAUACACUGAUCAGUACCUCCCUUGAGGCUGAGCUUCCUCGCAGACCCACAGAAAGGUCUAUAAAGGACAAGUGCUUGGCAGAGGGGAAAGUAGAAAGGGUCUUUAUUGGCUAUAAGCUGUUUCUAAGUGCUGAGAGUUUUGCUUGAAGAGGGAGCGAGCCAUCAAGUUCCCAGCUUUUCAGGAAUGAAAGAAGUUCAGCAGUCAGAUAAUCCUUGUGUCUUGGGUCAGUUUGGCCCUGGCCCUAGAGUGAGGCAAGCCCUUCCUAUGAAGAUGAGCAAAAAUAUUAUUCCACUUCACUCUGAGUGCUUUCAGGAUCUGGGGCUUCAAGACUCACUGCUUCAGUCAGCCUUCAUUAGCACCAAAGACUCCAUGAAGGUCGUCCCCCACACAAACAUACCCCUUGCGCACCUUCUGCCUACUUUGAGCCGGAUCUGGCCUGUGACUAGAAGACCAACCCCUACGAGGAAAUGUGGAGCUCAACGUGUGCACUGCUUGUAUGCGUGUGGAUGUGUGGAUCCCACCUGCCGCCUCCCCAUCUGCUCUGGGUGUAUUUUUGUUUUUUAUAGUUCUAGGUUUACAACAGAGAGGAGUUAAUUUAUCAACAGCCUAAAACUGUUGCCAGGUCAUCUUACAGUUUAAAACAUGCCAUCUCAUCGGUAGUCCCUGCUCUUUUCCCUCUCCCAUCUGCCAGUCUCUCUGUGCCCUCGUGUCUGAGUGCUGUUUGCCCACCUUUUCCAGGUGUAAGAGGCAGAGAGCCUGGACAGCUUUCUCUCUCAGCCAUUGUUCACCCCACUUGAAAAUUCAAACAAGAAAACUUUGCUUCAAAGAUCUCAUGUGUGGGAACCACAGCGCCUGGUUGCCUUUCUCCUGUGUAUGUGUAAAUUCCUUAAUAAAUAUUGCAGGGAAAGACC